AUGCGCUACCGUCUGCUGGAGUGCAGCUCGGAGGCUUGCAGUGAGACUAGCACCACCAAAUGCCCAUGCCGAGGCAAAGUGGUCACGUGUCUGGACACGACUUGCGUUUGCGUUUAUGAGUACAACGAGCAUUUAUCCGCAGCUGACGAUCCGAAGAAGAAAAAACUCACGAAGGCCCAGAAGGAUUUCUGCCGAGAACUGGCUGACCAGCAUUUGCGGCCAAUGCGGAUCCGCCUGGCGCUCUCUAGGAAGUUCGAAACCUCCUUGAUGGACCUCCCUCCCCUUACUACUGUCCAGAACUUUGUUAAUUACUAUUCGAGGACCUAUUUGGAAAAUUAUGACCGCCUGAAAGAGUUGAAGAUGUGGAUUCACACCCACGCUUACAAUGGGUCUGAACAAAUGACACAGCCGUUCGCAUUUGGGUGGGAGUACGACAGCGAUGGCAAGCUUGUCGUAGGAAACGGCUCGGACGAGAGUCCUUUCAUUGUUGGCCUGACUACCAAGGCCCUGAUGCUCCGUAUGAUGCUGCCCCCGGAGUGUUUUGUUUUACAUGUGGAUGGCACAUACAAAACAAAUUAUGUCGACUACCCUGUCGUCGUAUUGGGUGUUUCGGAUCGCUCCCGUGGCUUCCACCUGGUUGCGCUUUUCAUU